AUGCCUCUCGUCGUACCCGGGAUCAACUCUUCGCUGGGCGAUAAGUCCGAGUGGGUCAACAAGUUGAUGGGGAAGAAGAUCAGCGAUUCAACUCGCGACGAGACUACGUUUGCAAAGACAGAUCUCCCCAAGAGCCAUCGCAUCGUGAAAUCCGGUGACAUGCUGACUACGGACCACGACCCUAAUAGACUCACCGUCCAUACCGGUGAUGAUGGGACCGUGCAGAACGUGACCUACGGUUAA